AUGGGUCUACCGUUUUGGCACGAUAGAGAGAAGGAUGUGGGCAUCUCCGUCCGCGAACAUGCCUCUCAAGAGAGUACCAUUCAAGAUGGUGAAGUCAAAUAUACAGCGGCAGAAGGUAUCAAUUCCACUAGUGUGACCUACCAAGAUGCCAGUGGUGCACCCGUCGAGACGGAUUCGCCGUUGGGAUACUCCGUCAGCUUUUGGACAAGUCUAUGCCUGAAUAUCAAUCAAAUGGUCGGAACUGGUAUCUUUUCAACGCCGGCCACUAUCCUUAAGGGUGUUGGUUCCGUUGGCCUUUCCAUGAUAUACUGGUUCAUAGGAUAUCUGCUCGCCCAAAGCACUCUUGCGGUGUACCUGGAGCUGGCAUCAUACUUUCCCAGUCGUUCUGGUUCGGAAGUCGUGUAUCUUGAGCAGGCAUUCCUAAAACCAGAAUAUUUCUUCCCUACAACGUUUGCAGUGAAACAUGUUGUCUUUUCGUUCGGGAGUAGCAAUGCCGUUGUCUUUGCCGAGUACAUCUUCGGAAUCGCAGGCUCGGGGUACACGAACUGGCAAUUAAAAGGCGUCGCGGUGGCUGCAUAUACAGUUGCAACAUUAAUUGUGAGCUUAAAUACCAAAUGGUCACUGAGAAUCGUUGUCUGGUUUGGGUUCAUCAAGAUUGCAACCUUGGUAUUGAUCUCAAUCGCUGGACUGGUUGUGCUUGGGGGGCAUACAAAGGUCGAAGACCCUAUGAUCAACUGGCAUGAUGCCUGGAAAGGGACAUCAUCGGCAAGCGCCUACGGUGCUACUAAUGCCAUGGUCAAAUUGAUCUUUUCUUACUCUGGCUAUACCAACGCUUUUAGUGUGGUUAAUGAGAUCAAGAAUCCCGUCAAAACACUUCGUUGGAGUGCCCCAUUUUCAUUGAUCCUUGUCACAUCACUCUAUAUCCUCGUGAACGUCGCCUACUUCUCCGCUGCCUCAAGGGAAGAAAUCUUAAAUUCGAAGCAAAUCGCCGCAGGAGUUUUCUUUCAAAAGAUCUUUGGUACGAAUGGGGCCUCCCGCGCGCUGAAUGUGCUCAUCUGCAUAAGCGCAUUCGGCAAUCUAAUGGCUGUUAUGGUUAGCAAUUCCAGAAUGCUCCGAGAGACUGGAAGACAAGGUGUACUUCCCUGGCCUAGAUUCUGGACUUCUACGAAGCCGUUUGGAACACCACUGGGGCCUUAUCUCGUCCAGUGGGCCAUAACUGUUAUCAUGAUUCUUGGUCCUCCCGCAGGAGAUGCCUUCAACUUCGUCGUCGACCUCUCCGUCUACCCCACGAGUAUCUUCAAUUUCCUCUUGGUGGUCGGCCUCCUAUUGAUUCGUCGGCGCCGCAGUAAGCUCAAUCUACCUAGACCCGAGUAUCGAUCAUGGGCCAUUGCGAUUGGCUUUGCACUAUUGGCAAAUCUUUACUUGCUUGCUGCCCCAUGGUACCCGCCCACAGGGGGUGCAAACGGUGGGGACGUUAGCUUCUGGUACGGCACAUAUUUGGUAGUUGGCAUGGGACUACUUGCUGCGUGUGGUGUAUACUACUACAUCUGGAUCAUAUUACUUCCUAAGCACAAAGGGUAUAAGUUUCGACAGACUGUGUUGGAAUUCGACGAUGGAUCUAUUGCACAUAAUCUUGUCAAAGUUCCUGUUGCAGAGCUGGUGCGCUGGGAUGCAGAGCAUGAUGCCGUUGGUCGUCUGCGUCGCCGGACAACAUACCAAAGCAGCACUGAGACCGAUGAAGAUAAGUCGAGCGAACAAAAGAAUAUCCUUUGA